AUGGCCAUAAGGAAUCAAAACCCCAUGGCAAACUGUGUGAGAUGCUUGACGUUGCUCCUCAUAGCUGCCUCAAUCAUUUAUGGUGUCGUUUACUGCGUUUGUCAAUACCUCCAAUUAUCAGAUGGCCUAUCCUCAAAGGAACUUACAAAAGUGUACGAAACUGAGCUAAAUGAACUCUGGAAAUCACAACAUUUGCUUGAAGAACAAUUCCAGGAAAUUCAGGGCCUUAAAAAAGAGAUGGAUCAGAUGCAUUCUGAGAUCGGCAGCAUCAAGAAAGGCAUCCUACAGUCCACAAAGCAAAUCAUUGAGGAAAGUGACCUUCCAGGAGAGAAGAAAGAUGAAAUGCUCAAUAUACUCAGUUUGGCUUUUAAGAAGAUUUUUGAAGAUGACAUACAGAUGGCUGACUGGGCUCAAAAGUCAAUAGGAGCCACGAUCGAUAAAGACAGGACAUCUAAGAGUUACAAUUUUUUGCACCAGGAAUACUGUUGGUUUCCAUUUAUCUCCUCAGCCAACCCCCCUGAAACUAUUUUAGAGCCGGAUGUUAACCCUGGAAACUGCUGGGCAUUCUCAGGAUCUGAUGGCCAAGCAGUAAUUAAACUGCCUGAAAAAGUCCAACUCACAGCUAUUACAGUUCAACACAUCUCUAAAGCAAUAGCUUUUUCGGAAGGAAUCACAAGCGCCUUAAAAGAUUUCUCGAUUUAUGGGCUAAAUGAUGAAACAAAAGAGGAGAUCCUGCUGGGAACGUUCAUGUAUGAUACUGAGAAAGAAUUAAUUCAGACAUUCCAACUGAAGAAUGAACAAGAGAAAGCAUUCCAGUAUGUAAAAAUCAAAGUGCAGAGCAACUGGGGAAAUCCAGAGUACACCUGCAUUUAUCGAGUCAGGGUGCAUGGAAAGAUGGCCAAUAUAAACCUUUUGAGCAAGAAAGUGGACGAAAUCUCCCAAGAUAAAUAA